UUCAUCCUCUGCGGGCAGCCACGCCCCCACUGGGGGAAGUUGAGACUGGAAAGCCUUUCCUUGAGGCUGACACACCUUGCUGUGCCUCACCUGUCUCUUCCAGUGCCCUGACUGGCCAACUCCAUCUGAAACCGGAGUGAACGGAGAAGGGACAAGAAAGAAUCACCUGGUCAGGAGGAAGAAGCAAGGACAGAUGACCUGCUUCACCUGAGCUCGACCCUUUCGUCAUUGAUUCUUUUCCUGCUGUGGUUUCUCCACUGCUCACGGGAGAGAGAGGCCGGGCUUUCCUAAUUCCUGGAGGAGGAAGAAGAGGACCCUCAAGGUCAGAUGCUGUUGUGUUCUGGGGGCUGCAGGAGUCACCUACCAAACCAGAGCUCAAACUGCAAACCUUUGUUACCAGAGUGGAGUCAGUACUGACUCCACCUCUCAGCUUGUCAUCCGUACUAGCUCAGAGACGCUAGUGACCCACUCUCAGGAGGGGGACACACUCUGCCUCGGCUCCCAACUCUGCAGAAGAAGAAUAACAAUACAGCCCUUGAGUACAGUCCUUGGGUACAUCAUUGUCACUGCGCCCUGUGCACACUCUGUGGGUCUAGCAUAGGAGGCUGGCCCCGUGGUGAUGGGAGAGAAAGGUCGCCUAAACCGGGUGCUGUUGGAGUGCAGCCUCAGUGAUAAGCUGUGUGUUGUCCAGGAGCAUCAGUAUGAAGUAAUCAUCGUUCCAGCUCUCCUGGUUGGCGGCUUCCUCAUCCUUCUUGCAAUCAUCCUGUGGCUUUUUAUUAGAGGACAGAGAUCCCAAUGGCAGCACCCUGGAACACGGGGUACUGCCUCUGCACCUGCAUCUAGGGACCUAAGCCAGGAGGUGGCAGGACAAGGAGAAAAAGUGCUUCUGCCUCUUAAGGAGACCUCUGUGGAGAGCUUUCUACGAGCAGCCACACCGCCCCUGGCUAAGCUGCAGAUACCCAGAGAACAGCUCUCAGACGUUAUGGAGAAGAUCCACAGUGGCAGCUGUGGGACCCUCUAUCACGCCAUGAUGACCACCAGGGACAACCCUACGCCAAAGAGUGUUGUCCUCAAGGUUUUAGUAGAACCCGUUGGACUCCAGGAGGCCCAGGAUUUCAUAGGGCGAAUCCAAUUCUAUCAGUACCUGGGGAAACACAAGAACCUGGUACAACUGGAAGGAUGCUGCACAGAAAGGCUGCCACUUUACAUGGUGCUGGAAGAUGUGGUCCCAGGGGACCUGCUCAGCUUUCUCUGGACCUGCCGUAAGGAUGUGAUGACCAUGGAUGGCCUGCUCUAUGACCUCACAGAAAAACAAAUAUAUCACAUCGGAAAGCAGGUUCUUCUGGCCCUGGAAUUCCUGCAGGAUAAGAAUCUGUUUCAUGGGGAUGUUGCUGCCAGGAACAUCCUGAUCCAAAGUGACCUGACUGCCAAACUCUGCCAUUUGGGCCUGGCUUAUGAAGUCCACACCCAAGGGGCCAUUUCCUCUGCGCGCACCAGCACCAUCCCUCUCAAGUGGCUCGCUCCAGAACGUCUUCUCCUGAAACCUGCAAGCAUCAGAGGAGAUGUCUGGUCUUUUGGGAUCCUGCUUUAUGAGAUGGUGACUCUAGGGGCACCACCAUACCCCAAAGUCCCUCCCACCAACAUUCUACAGUAUCUCCAGAGAGGGAAAAUCAUGAAGAGACCCAGCAGCUGCACACAUGCCAUGUACAGCAUCAUGAAAUGCUGUUGGCACUGGAGUGAGGACAGCCGUCCAUUACCUGCAGAGCUGUGCUUGCGCCUAGAAGCUGCCUCUAGAUCUGCAAAUGACAAGGCUGUGUUGCAAGUGCCGGAGUUAGUGGUGCCUGAACUGUACGCAGAUGUGGCUGGCAUCCAUAGAGAGAACCUUUCCUACAGCUAUAGUGUCCUUUGAAGAUACCCCCAGACAAGACACUAUAUGUACUUGGAAUAAGUUCCUUCAAGAAGAGAGAGAAGGUACUUCCUAUGGGCCCCAAAGGGAGAAAAAGGACAUGGACAUCUUUCCCUAUAUAUUUUCCUAGAAAUAUGAAAUGCUGCUGGACGAGGCUCUACCUCUACACACCAUGUACUCUUGAGCUAAGACUCACUAUCUGUGUGCUUCCCAGUCCCGAGCGCCUGGGACAAAUGGUAGACAGUGUCAUUCCAAAGAAAGUUUUAAAAAUCUGCAAUGACUGUUGGGGAGUAGGGCAAAAGGGCUGGCUCCACCCACCCCAGGCUGGUUUACUACUAAAAAGUUCUUUUAUUAAAUCUAAACUAUUACAGAGUAUGAAUAAAUCAGAUGGCAUGAAUGAACAGGAACCCAACAUAGGAAUUCAUGAGAAAGAAAAUUCAAGUUUUUUUUUUUUUCUGAGAAGUGUAAGGUAAAUCCUGAUCUCCUUUGAGAAGAGAUCUUGUCUCUUCUACAUAGAGGGGACAUAAAAGUUAUUCAGUCUUGUUCCCUUCAUGAAGCAUUGGAGAACUGUAACAAAUAAUACUGAGUUUUUUCUUGACUAUAGAUAAAACUUUUAUUGAAUUCUGAGACAGGUUGAUCCUGUUUGAUAUUACAUUUAAUUAGAAGCAGGAGUCAUUUCAUGAUUAAGAACAUUGUAUUUGCUUGCUACUCCUGUUAGACUACGGAGAAUAAUUCUAAAGAACCAAAGUUAGAACUAGUGAUGAAAUGUGUGGGUGAGUGGGGGAUGUGCAUGUGUGCAUGUGUAUGUGUGUGCUCGUGUGCAUGUGUGUUUGUGUGUGUGUGUGAUUAGUAAGAAACAUGGAAACCAAGCAAAAAGACUCAGCAACCCAGGUGGAUUAGGAGAUCCAAAGAAGAAGCAACCUGAUAGGGAUGGGUAGUAGUUUUGAAUUUUCAAUCAUUCAUUGAAACACUGUGAAACAACUCAUUAAAUUAGUAUUUCUUGAUUAGAAGUAGACUUUUCUAGUGUAUAGCUGCAAAAUCUUUACAAUAGGAAGUAUAAAAGACAAUCGGUGGAAUUAAUUUUAAUAGAAAAAUAAAAACCUAUAUUAUCCAAAAAGAGAUUCUUUAUGUGUAAAAUGAGAAGACUAUCUACCUCACAGGAUGGUGUGAGGGUCAAGGAGACUAUGUAUUUGUAUAAUAUGUGGCAUAUAAUAUGUAUUCAAUAAAUAUUAGUCCCCUCCCACAACUUAGAACAUUUUUUCCAUUAUUUUUAAUAAUAUAACACCCACUGCGGCCUUGAAGAGAGCCCUGGCCUGUGAUGACACAGGGCAGCAAAUGUCUAAAAGAUGGUGGUAUUGUACGAGCAGGACAUCCAUUAACUGUCAUCAUGUAUUGUUUGUUUUCUAACAUUGAGAACUGAACCCAGGAACUUACAGACACAGGGAAGUGACCUACACUGGUCUUGAGCCAUCAUGUUUGUGUGAGGUUUUGGCCGAUGACAGUAGUCUCCUAUGAUUGCAAAACACUGUAAGAAUUACAGUGAGGACAAAUUCUGUUUACACACUGACCUGUGACUUUGCAAGAACACCCUGCUACCUUUAGAAGGAUGAGGAGAGCUAUCAUAGAAAAGAUGGCUGGCAGCUGAAAACUGCUACCACUCAAUCAACUGAGAUCUUGAUGUAGUCAUAGUGACUCAGCUAAAUACCACAGUAAGUAGUCAGGAUUUAAGUGUGCUGAAGAGAGAAAAUGGAUGAAAUCCAAUUGUUGCCUCCCAGAUGUUAAUUUGAGCCAUUUUAUAAAGUAUUUCCUUAUUUAAAUAUUUAAAAAUGUUUAGUGUCAGGGCUUUCUGUGCCAGACAGUGGGAAGUGAGUUGGAUAAAGAAACUGGAAGGUCUGAAUUAAAUCAGACCGGAUGUAUUUAUGUGUGGCCACCUGCUAAUUAAAAACUUAUGUUAAAUGUUAUAAGUGAAACCCAUGGGAUAGUAGAAAGCAGUGAUGAGUGAAGACGUCUCAGGAUACAUGGUAUUUAGAUGGAUACCUUAGGGAAGGGUCAGGUCAUAGAAAGAGUGAGAAGUAACUAGGAGUGGGAUUUGAAUGACAACUUUGAGGUAAGAAAAACCAGUGUGGUGCUGUGGAGAUGGUUCAGUGGAUAAAGUGCUUGCCAUGAAAGUUUGAAGAAUGUAAUUUGGAUCCCCAGAAUCCAUGUAAAAAGUUG